AUGUGUGUAUUCCGGAAUUUUAAAAGAGGUUUAUGGUGGGAGGGGGGCAUAUGGAAACCGCUGAAUGCGAUAACAGUACAAAUCGCAUCGAACGAUGGAUGGUUUAAGCUUCUUUGUCUACUCUACCAAUUUUCUGUAAAUCGGAUCCGGCAGAUCAACAGCUUUGCUAAUGACAGCACUCCACAUGCAGGAAUUCAGAGUGCCAAGCCGAUCUCUGAUUUUGACCUGGAGAAAAGAAUACCAGCAGCAAACAAUCUGGUACAGCUUGACUCUUCCAAAACACAUAUGUCAUCAAAAGGAGUAGGAAAACUUCAUUUGAUUGAUGGAAAUGUUGAUACAAACAAAUAUUUGGCAAUUUUAGAAGAAUCGCUUUUACCAGUGAUGGAAGAAUGUUUGACAUCCGGCCAAGAUUUUGAGUUUCAGCAAGAUGGUGCAGCGUGCCAUACCUCAAAAAAGGCUAUAAAAUGGAUGGAAGAAAAUAAUGGACCACUUUUGAAAUGGAAAUUAAUGAUGAUGGAUCCCUCGAGCACUAAGAACUCCGGACGUGAACUCACUCCACUCUCGGAAUGUCCGGGUGGAGGGUGGGCUAGAGGGAACAACAUCGAAGAUAAAAUUUGUUUUACGAACAUCUGCGGGAUUAACAGCAACAUUGAUGCUAAAGGGGGAGUUGUGGCUUUUGUCCGCAGCAGCCUUUCCUGCUCCAGAGAUGUUUCUUUGGAAUCAGACCGGAAGGACAUUCUGUGGCUUCGCCUCAACUCCAAAACAUCACCCAAAUCUAUUUGCUGCCCUUAUCGCUCCCCUUCGGACCAUAACUGGGAUGACCUACUCGAAUACCUCGCCGUACAGAUCGACUUCCUGACCAUCAAUCAUCCCGCUUCAGAGGUAGUUCUUCUCGGUGAUUUCAAUGCCCAUAACGAGCUUUGGUUGGGCUCAAACAAGACCGACCCAGCAGGUCGUGCCCUGCUGGAUCUCGUUCUGACCACGCAUCCUGUCCCUUACAGCACUGCUGUCCUGUCCCCCCUGGGUAACUCAGACCACGAACCCGCUGUGGCAGCAGAAACUCGUACAGGCCGCAAAACUUGGCAUUACGGACAUGCCGACUGGGAGGGGAUCAGAGAUUUCUUCUCUUGCUUUCCUUGGAAAGAUGUCUCUUUCACUGACGCGGAUGCGUCGGCUGUCUGUUCUUCGAUAACCGAAAUUAUCCACGUCGGAAUGGAGGAAUACAUCCCUCACACAGUGAAAGUGCCUAGACCAGGGUCCAACGGCUGGUUUAACAAAUCGUGUGACGCUGCUCGCCAGCAGAAGAUCAAGUCCGACAGAACCUUCUUACACAACCCCACUGUAGAGAACAGACAAGCCAACGUUGAGUCCAGAAACAAAUAUAAAGCAGCGGUUCGCAAUGCCAAAAACCAGCACGAUAUAAAAGUUAGGCACAGGGUAAUGGCGCAGCGCAAUGGUAGUCGGUCUUUCUGGACGCUGGCCAAGCAGAUUGAAAAGAACUUCUCACACAGUAGCCUUCCACCACUUACGGGUGAGGAUGGAACUAUUGUAUUCAACUCAAAGGCCAAGGCGGAAGUGCUAGCCAAGAUCUUUGCUGCCAACUCCACCAUGGACAUCCCCCCCAACGCCCAAGUGCCGUCAAUUGAAAGGGUUCCCUACACUAUGCGGGAGGUAACAUUCAGGCAUAAGACCGUAAGACGAGUGCUCUUGUUGCUCGACAUCAACAAAGCUUCUGGUCCGGACUUGAUUCCUGCCAUUGUACUGAAGAGGUGUGCACCGGAGCUUGCUCCAAUAUCUUAUGAAUCCGUCACCUUCCCAGAAAACCGGAAAUUUGCUCAUCUCUCUUCUGUUUUAAGUAAGGUGAUGGAGAGGUGCAUAAGUCGCAAGCUUCUGGACUACCUCGAACGUCACGGCUUGAUUAACGACAGGCAGUAUGGUUUCCGGCACCAACGAUCCACAGGGGACCUCCUAGCUUACGUCACUCAAUUGUGGAGUAAACUCAUCAAGUCUUAUGGUGAGGCUCAUGCCGUUGCUCUUGACAUCACGAAAACGUUCGAUCAGCUGUGGCACGCUGCCCACUUAAGCAAACUUCCAUCCUAUGGCCUCCCAGAAAAGCUUUGCAGAUGGGCGGCUGACUUUAUCUCUGGCCGCAAGAUAUCCGUCGUAAUUGACGGGUUCUCCUCAUCAUCCCACAACGUCAACGCGGGUGUUCCCCAGGGAUCGGUCUUGGCUCCGGCACUGUUUCUCUUACAUAUCAACGACCUCCUUUCCUGCACGAUCAACCCAAUCCACAGCUUCGCUGAUGACAGCACUCUACAUGCAGGAAUUCAGUGUGACAAGCGGAUCUCUGCCGCUGAGUUGGAAAAAAGAAGACUAGCGAUGACAAGAGACCUGGAGGCUAUCACUGCUUGGGGACGCUACAAUCUUGUACAGUUCAAUGCUUCCAAAACGCAGUACUGUACCUUGACGAACAAAAAGCGACCCUGCGCUCACCCGGUUUCGAUGGAUGCUCGAAUUCUGCCAAAGAGCCAUUCAUUUCGGCUGGUCGCAGUCCAGAUCACGGAGGAUCUGAUCUGGCACGAACACAUCUCGUCAAUAGCAGCAGCUGCUGGGAAAAAGCUAGGCUAUUUGUUUAGGGCUAAGAAGUACUUUUCUCCGCAUGACCUUCUCACUCUAUACAAGGCCCAGAUAAGGCCUAGCCUCGAGUAUUGCUCACUCGUUUGGGGUUCUGCCGCCCCGACUAUAUCUAUGCUCUAUGCUGUCCAGACGAGGGCGGUCCGACUGAUCGAUGACUCUUCUCUAAGAGACAGUCUCGGGACUCUUUCGCACUGGCGGGCUGAAGCUUUUCCCAGUUCUAUUAACCUUAGGCACCAUAAUAGAAAAUAA